AUGUGGGCAGAUGCCCAGAAAGACAUUGACAUCCAGCUCCAGAAAGAAAGAGAGGAGUCCAGCCGGCCGGAGAUCGACCUUGUGAAAGUAUUCAACAUGUUAGCCACUUUCUACAUCAAAUACAUGCAAAUCUUCCGAAACUUGGAGAUGGCCCAUGACCAACUCAUUCACCGGCAGAAGCGGGCAGCGAUUCAGCAAGUGCUAGAUGGCGUGAUUGGCCGGAUCCUGGAAAUAAAGAAAGAGAUGGUGCAGCUGGAGAACUCAGAAUUUCAUUACAUUGAUAAUAUCCUGGAAGAUCUAAAGCUUCUCCCGGAAGACAUAGAAGUACCUAUCCCAAGGUAUUUUGUUAAAGAAAAUCUAGAAGUCCUGCAGGAGAGGGAGAAACUCCUUGAUCAGAUUUUGCUUGACACUGGAUUGCAAGUACAGAAACCUGACAAGGCCAUGACAAUUGAAGAAGCCGUUAAAGUGAUCCAGGUUUCAGAACGGGCUCGCCAAGGCCGUUGUCGAGCAGCAUUCAUGAAGAAAAUUUACCCUCAAGAUAAGAGAGAAAGACCAAGUAAACUUCAGGUCCAGACUGGUCCAAGUCCAGAUGAAGCUGCCACUUGCAUUCAAAAGGUUUGGCGUGGAUAUAUCCAGCGCAAGAAAACAGAGAAAAUGAGAGAAGAGGAAAUGAUAUUUCUGGGGAUGACACUGCCUCCUCACUUAAUGGCAACGAGUAUUUCGCAGUUGCAUGCUGGGCAAGGAAAUGCCCCACGUGGUGAGGUCCAGGAGAUACACGAGGAGGUAUUCAAGGUCAAGCUGAAAGAAGUGGAGGGGCUCGACAUCAUGAAAACACUCCAGGAUCAGAUUGGCCAGUGUUUAAUUGAGUGCCGGCAUAUCAUAGGCAGGUUUCCUGACUAUCCUACUGAAGAGGCAGGAGGUUCAAUGGCUAUGCUUUCUGAAAGAACUCCGGAGGAGGUUGCUGCAGAGCUGGCUGCUAAGAGAGAGAUGGCUUUGCUGAAAAAAGCCCCAAAGGGGAAGAUCGAAAAAGAAGGGAAAGAAAAAACAAAAGCAAAAACACCACAGAAAUCUGGGGAUAAUAAAGAGAAGGAAGGCUGGAAAAUGGCUCCCAGUAAUUUCCUUUCAAUAUUGGAGGAAGGAAGCAGUCAAUACAAAGCCGUUUGGCAGAACAGAGAUGAGGAAGGGGAUUUUCUCCAGGAUCAUGACCCAGAGCUGAUCAAAGAAAAGAAACGGGAAGAAGUGGAGGAAGAGAUCAGAGUGCAGGUUGAUAAAGUGAUGCAACAGAAAUUGGAGGAACUCAGACUGGCUGUGGAUGGUGAGAAGACUAACAAACAGAAAAAAGGAAGAAAAAGAGACAUGGGAAGUAAAAAGGCGACCACGAGGAAAAGGAUACCCGAGAUGGAGCAAGACCUAACUCCUGACAGGACCAUCGAUUCUCUGUACAGGGAACUAGUGGAAGAAGGAUUAAUAAUAAAAGCCAAGACCGUCAAUCUCUCCGACUAUGUUGGCGAGUACAACUAUCUGGGGAGCCUACUUCACCAGGCAGACCGAGAGCCAGUGCCCUCUCCCGCACAUGUCAGGCAGCUAAUAGCGCUGUACGGAAUAUUGCCGUUAGGUUCCCAAACAGUCCAUGAGAAGGCUCCUUUGGUGAAAUCUUUGUUACUAGCUGGACCUGCUGGUGUUGGAAAGAAAAUGUUGGUCCAUGCCAUCUGCACAGAAACAGGAGCCAACCUCUUUGACUUAUCUCCUUCCAACAUCGCUGGGAAAUACCCAGGCAAGAAUGGCCUCCAAAUGAUGCUUCACAUGGUUCUCAAGGUGGCUAAGCAAUUACAGCCUUCAGUCGUGUGGAUUGGAGACACAGAAAAAGUAUUUUCUAAAGCGGUGGUGAAGGUUGAAGAAGAGAUGAACCCAAAACGACUGGAAAAGGUCCUCCCCAAAUUCCUUCAUGCUUUGAAAGCACCAGACAGAGUACUGCUAGUGGGAACAACCAACCGUCCCUUCGAUGCCAAUCCGAAAGCUUUCUGCAAAGUUUACCAAAAAAUCAUUCUGAUUCCUAGGCCUGACUACACUUCAAGAUUUGUGUUAUGGAAACACAUCAUCCUACAGAAUGGUGGCAUCAUCACCAACUUGUUGGACAUAAGCUGCCUAGCAAAGCUGUCUGACGGUUUCACCCAGGGAUGCAUGAUCCAGGCAGUGCAAGAUGUCCUGAGCGAGCUACGCCUCCUGCAGAUGACUAAGAAGCCACUGAGGACUGAAGAGUUCAUUACUUUCCUGGCCAGACAGGACCCAGUGUACCAAGAGGAGGAAAAAACGUUUAAGGCUUGGUAUAACAAGACACCACUGGGUAAAGCAAAAAACAGAGCACUGGCAGGCAGUACCAUUGUCCUCCCAGCCUAA